AUGGAAGCCAAAUUCAGUAAGUCAGAUUACCAAAGUGGACCGCAUGAGGUCGAGUUUGAGUUGAGAGCCGAUUCUUUUGGCCGCUGCAUCGCGCCUCUUGACCUUGUAAUUACUGUGGUCGUGAUGACAGUGCAGACGAAGCGGUUAUGGGCGACGGGAUUUUCGUGUAAUGCCAAACUAGAGACGAGAACAUUGCACAGGGCCUGCGUGAUCCCCUCCGACGGCGCCGGCGCGAGCCGCGGCUUCACGGAAAUCGCCGGCUCCGCCAGGCGGGGGCAAAAGAACCUCGUGGUCAAGAGGUUGACCAAUGAGCUGCGCGGCGGUGAGGAGCUGCCCGGAGAGGCGGCGCCGAUCCAGUUGGGAUCGAAUUUCACCAGCUUCCGGGAGGACCCCAUCGUGGAUAAGCUCAGGACGCAGCUCGGGGUGAUACACCCGAUACCCUCGCCCCCGGUUAAUAGGAACAUAGUGGGGUUGUUUGUGUUUUUCUUCGUCGGCGUCGCGUUCGAUAAGCUGUGGACGUGGAGGAAAAGGAAUAAAGCCGGGGGCGAUGAGAUCAGGCAGGGGGUGUGGCAGGUGCCCACGAGCUUUUCCUUGUUCCUGGAGAAGGAUUUGCAGAGGAAAGAAUCUGUGGAGUGGGUGAACAUGGUGUUGGGGAAGCUUUGGAAGGUUUAUAGAGGUGGGAUUGAGAAUUGGUUAAUCGGGCUGCUUCAACCCGUCAUUGAUAACUUGAAGAAGCCUGAUUAUGUUGAGAGGGUUGAGAUUAAGCAGUUCUCGCUUGGGGAUGAGCCAUUGUCGGUCAGGAAUGUGGAGCGUAGGACUUCACGCCGUGUUAAUGACUUGCAGUACCAAAUAGGCCUUCGCUAUACUGGUGGUGCCCGCAUGCUUUUAAAGCUCUCGCUGAAAUUCGGUAUCAUCCCAAUCGUUGUGCCAGUUGGCGUUCGGGACUUUGAUAUUGAUGGGGAACGGUUGUUGCGAUUGAUACCGACAGAACCUUGGGUGGGAGCUGUUCAAUGGGCUUUUGUUUCACUUCCAAAGAUCAAGUUUGAACUUUCACCAUUCCGCUUGUUCAAUCUGAUGGCAAUUCCUGUUCUUUCCAUGUUUUUAACGAAGCUUCUCACUGAGGAUUUGCCUAAGCUAUUUGUAAGACCAAAGAAGAUUGUUUUAGAUUUUCAGAAAGUAAAAGCAGUUGGUCCGGUCACGAAUGAUUUCAGACCUGGAGAGAUGAAUGAAGGAAACAGGGAUUAUGUUGGAGAGUUAUCCGUGACUCUGGUUGAUGCUCGGAAACUUAGUUAUCUCUAUGGCAAAACUGAUCCAUAUGUUAUCCUAAGCUUGGGGGAUCAAAUAAUUAGAAGCAAAAAGAACAGCCAGACCACUGUCAUUGGGCCUCCUGGAAAGCCAAUCUGGAAUCAGGAUUUUCACAUGCUCGUUACAAAUCCUAGAAAGCAAAAGCUGCAUAUUCAAGUGAGGGACGCUCUUGGAUUUGCAAAUCUUACUAUUGGCACGGCCGAACUACAUUUGUAGGUUGACUUGGGCUCUCUCCAAGAUACUGUACCCACAGAUAGAGUUGUGGUCUUGCAAGGAGGUUGGGGAGUGUUUAGAAGGGGAUCCUCAGGGGAGCUACUGCUUCGACUUACAUAUAAAGGUUAUGUUGAAGAUGAAGAAGACGACAGAGCCUUGUUAGAAUCUAUGGAGAUAGAUGUCUCAGAUGAUGAGUCUGAUUUUGAUGAGUCAAAUAGUACUUAUGGACAGGGGUAACAACUUCAAGUGGAACAGAAGGAAUCAUUCAUGGAUGUGUUAGCAGCACUAAUCGUGAGUGAAGAAUUUCAAGGAAUUGUGGCAUCUGAAACUGCAAACAGUAGAUUUUCAGACCAAGCCUCAAAGACAGGAUCGAGGGUACCAUCAGGAGUUGUUAAUGCUGAAUCCUCCUCACCUUCUGAUGCUGGCAGUGCUUCUGGAGGAUCUGGAGGAUCAGUUUUAUUGUGGCUUGCAGUUGUAACGAGUAUAUCAGUGUUAAUUGCUCUAAACGUGGGUGGUUCUGGUUUCUUUAAUCUUUGAUUGUGCAGCUACACCAAUAAGGAUGGUCGACGGUCCACUUGUUUUUACGUCCCAGUGAUGGAGUUGGCUACGUACAUUCUUUCUCAUGGCAUCUUCUACUCUCACAUUAUAUAAAUUCAUGGCUGUUAGCAGAGGAAUAUUCUGAUGGCGGGCGGAAAAUUUUGUCUCCGACUUUGUGUGACUUAAAGAUUCACCUGUGUUCUUUGUUCAUAUGACAAGGUGACGGUCUUUUUUCCGAAACUCAAUUACUAGCGAAUUAGUAGCUAAGAAAGAUCAUAAUCUGCAUUAUUGGCGGAGUCGCUGUUUGCACAUUCUUAGGAAGAUUUAUUGUGUUUCCUUCAUGAGAUGAGAAGGUUGUAACACUUGAGAUUGUAGGCCAGGCAACUGUAUGAUAAAGAAAUACCAGUAUUUGAAGAAUCUAAAGUUUCAUUAAAUUUCGCAUCUUCUUAGC